AUGUGGCACUCUCCUCUGAAACUCAAAGCAACACCACAGGCAAAGUACAUUGCCUGUGCUAGUCCGAAGGUCCCAACUCUCUAUCACGCAGUGUCCAUCAAGAACACAGCGACUGCGCGGUAUUCUCAGGACACGGUCGAUGCUCGUAGCCAAAGCGGAGUAGGCUUGACAGUGUACGAAGCAAACGUCAAGUAUGAUGCCACCAGCCGCCUAAAACAGCAAAAAAAUGCGAGAGAGCGGGUGCAUUUGCUGCUGUGUACUGUGCGAGGACCUGUGUCAAAAGCUGCACUGAUUCUGCCAUCCAAAUCUCUAUCACUGCUGAACCUCGGGCGAUUGCACGUCUGGUGUCGUGGUUACAAUACAACCAAUGAAAAGCGUCAGUGUAAGUGA